UAUUUUUAAUUAAAUUUAUACUUAAGUGUUAAAUACGAAAAUAAAGUUUAUUAUUGUAGUGAAAGUGUUGGAUAAAAGUGAAAGAACAAACAAUCACAACGACGAUAUGUCAUCAACCACCCACGCAUCGACACCAUGCCAGCGGUGAAAACAACAUGGCUUCCACACACACAAACACAUACCAAAUUCCAAAAAACAUAUUACAAAACAAAUGAAAAGCUCAAAAAGAAUCAUGGAUGCAGAAAUAGUCUCGAGAAAAAUCAUGGACGCUACAAUAGAUCUAGAUUUCAAAAAGAGAAUAGAGAAUGCAAGAAACGGAACGUUUUGGAGUUUACAAGAUGGCGGACGAAAACAAAAUGGCGGCUUAGCUCGAGGGUGCUGAUUCCGCUGAUGAUUUUGAAUGUUACAGGACGGGCUGGGGCUGUUGAAUCUCUCACCAGCCGCAUGAUCUCUCUCCUCGGCUACCCCGCCUCGUGUAGCGUGGGCGGUGAAGCCCGACCAUGCACUUUAGCCUUGACGUGUUGGCUGCGAGGCGGCGCGCGCGCACGCGGCUGCGGCGGCGGCUGGCUGCUGACGUGCUGCGUCAGGGAGAAAGAGAGUUCCAGCAUGACGUCAUCAGAAUGGCGGUACAAGGCGCCGCCGCGCCUGCGCGUGCCGCAGCGCAGUGUGGUCCCCAACAAUGUUUUCCGGAGGAGGGUAGACGACGAUAGUACUCAGUUGGACUGCGGUCUUCCGUCCACCCGUAUUCUGCAGAAGAGGAUCAUUGGCGGACGAGAGGCGAGGUUCGCCGAGUUUCCGUGGCAGGCGCAUGUCAGGAUCUCCGAGUUUCAGUGUGGAGGUGUUCUAGUGUCCCACUGGUUCGUGGCGACAGCAGCACAUUGCGUGUCGCGUGCGCAUCCAAGAGACAUCGCGGUGUGGCUCGGAGCCUUGGACACCACUGCUGGAUCCAAUACUGCCAGGAAAGUCGGGGUCAUCCAAAAAAUUCUCCACCCGCUCUUCCAGUUCCGAAUGACGCAGCCAGACCGCUACGACAUCGCUUUGCUCAAGCUCUCUCGACCAAUCGCGUACGCCAGCCACAUACUGCCCAUCUGUCUGCCGGAAGCUACCAUGGAACUGAGGGGCAAGAGUGGAGUGAUCGCUGGAUGGGGCAAGACGGAUACUAGUAAUGGACAUACUGGGACGAAUUUGCUUCGGUCAGCGACGGUGCCUAUAUUGAGUACAGAGCAGUGCAUUAACUGGCAUCAGCGAAAGCAGAUCACAGUUGAAAUUCAUUCUGAGAUGAUCUGCGCGGGACAUUCGGAUGGCCACCAAGAUGCUUGCUUAGGUGACUCAGGCGGCCCUUUAAUAGUCAUGGACAGCGGGAGAUACUAUCUGGCCGGCAUCACAUCAGCAGGAUUCGGCUGCGGAGUGGACCACCAGCCUGGGAUCUACCACAACGUGCAGUUCACCGCCAACUGGCUUAGGAGCAUCAUCAGCCCCAACACCAAUAACAACUAUAUCGACUUCUGAAGAUUCUUCACGAAUAACCAGAUCUUGACACAAGGU